CUCCACUCCCCUCCCCACCUCUGUCUCCGGCUCCCCGCCCCCCACCGCGCCUCCCUGCCUGCGCCCUCCCGCGCGCUCCCAGGCUCUGGCCGCCGCCUCGUUGAGCCCAGAAGGAGCCGGGCCGGGGCAGCUGGACCGGACCGGGGCUGCAGGCAGGCGCAAGGACCCUGAGGCUAUGAAGUGGCCCCCGGGGGCCCGAAGCGCGAGAUCUCCCGGAGAGGGAGGCGCUCGCGGCCCAAGGCAGCAGCCUGGGGGCGCCGGGGCCGGGGCGUAGGGAGCCGCCGCCCGGGAUGGAACGCGCCGGGGACGAUCCCGACUCGUCGCCGCAGGACUACAGUCUGCUCUGGAUUCUGUCACUGCUGGCUUAAUAAAGAAAAAGGCCAUGUGGGACGGAGCCAUGUGGCAAGGUACUAUGAGGUGAGCAGUCCCUACUAGCAGAGCACACUCACAACCAACAGCCAGCAAGCAGAUAUUGUCCUUAACCUUACCACCCCAUGGCAGUGGAAUCUGCCAGUGAUGUGAGUGAGCUUAGAAACAGAUCUUUCCCCAGUCAACUCUCUAGAUGAGAACACAGCCCAGUUUUUCCUUUGCAGCCUCAUGAGACCUUGUGAAGCCAGGCCUGGAUUCCUAACCCAUGUAAAUUAAAGAGAGCAAAUGGGUGCUAUUUUAAGCUCCUAAGAAUAUGAUCAUUUGUUUGACAUCAAUAGAAAGUGAAUGUGAUGUGCUUGUCAUGGGAAUAGUGGCAUCCCCUUCCAAGAGCUGACAUGGCUACCAGAAUGGGCCUAGGGCAAGGAGAGGGGAGGAUAGGAUAGUAAUGAAGGAGGGUAAAGGAGGUGGGAGAGGCCACUACAUUCCAACAUCAAACCUCUCCCCUGACCCAGGUUGGGCUGCAGGGGUUUUUUUGUAGGGACUGCUCCCCAGUCCUGCAAACCCCAAAGAUAGUCACUGUUUCUACAUCAUGCAGGCAAGGGCUGAAUGGUCUGUGCUGUUCUGAUCACUGUCCAUGUUAAUGUUAGAUACCUUCAUCCUCUCAGCCACAGGGUACCCGAUCCCUGAGACAUGGGCUGUCACCCACGAUGGCUCUCUACAUGGUGGUUUUUCACUGGGAGUCCUCCAUGAUUCUGCUAACCAUUAUCCUCUGUGCCCAGUUCUCUGUCGGGUUUGUCUUAUUAGCUGCCACUUUCUCCCUGACUCUCUUACUCUUGAACAACUAAGCAGUAAAUCAUUUGUUUGCUUGUACCCCAGCUCCAAUGAUCCCAAAGAGGACAAGAACCUGAGCUGUCCUCACAGGACAAAACAUUUGAUUUUUGCUUUCAGGUCCUCACACUUGGAAGACUCUAAGGAAAGUGGAUGUACUUCUGCCUGGAGACCAUUAUUUGCACAACUAAGGGAACAUCAGCAAAAUCAUCUGGGGUCAAUAUUUAUUAUGUUCAAAUUCCUCCCAUGAACUAGAAUGGACUUUUACUUGCAGAGAACCACACUAAACUAAAACCCAAUUUUCAUUUUUCACAGAAUCAUAAUCCAGAUCUAAUCUGAAGGCUAUUGCUAGAAAAGAAAAAGAACAACAAAGGAAUUUCCUUAAAAAAAAAAAAAAAACUCAGUGGAUUAUAUUUUUUGACACUGUUGGCCUAGAAAAGAACCAAAACAUAAAACUAUUCUUUACACCAAGUCUGAAUUGACAUAAUGCUUCCUUUCUGUUUGAUUACUUGGCUUGGUUUUUCCCAGAUAGAAAAGAACAUGGCAGAAGAUCAGGAAUACUAUCCACAGGUGCCAGCCAGCAGGGGGUCAGGCCUGGAAAUCAGGACAGUCGUCCCCAGGUCCAGGCCUUCCUCUACUCCUUCAUGCAGCACCAUGGGAGCAGGGGACAAAGGGGGAGUCCUGCAGCCUUAAGAGUCUCAUAGACCCUUCCUGGGGGUACUGGACCUGACCAUCAGAAUGGGGACAGACUCAGCAAGGUCGUAUCAAUCAAACCCUGGGGCAGAAGUCCCCAGAGGGUGGGCCCAAGUGUGGGCCAGGACAUCCAGGAAGUAAGAUCUAGAUGUGUCUGCAGAAGAAGGCAGCAAAGGAGGCAGCUGCAUCCAGAAUUUCAGGCCUCUGCUCACCCUAAACAUUGGGUCUUUGGGUCAUGCAGCCUUUCUAAGCUUCUGUCGAUUCCUGUGUCCUGCCCCAUAGCAGGGCUGUGUGGGCCCCAGGGCAAUUGCUGGUGGCUAGAGUGCUAGGGCCAGGUUAAUGAAGUAUGGAUUGACUGUGCUGGGAGCUGAUUAGCUCUGGCAUUGGGCUUUUUCUGAGCAGUGCCUGCAGAAUCAAUACUAAUCCCUUGAUCCCAUUAGGGGCUCCUGCAGAUUUCUGGGACAAAGUUUGUGUCUCCCUCUGUUUGGGAAAGACCUGAGUAGGACUGGAGGGAGAUGUUGGAACCUUGGCCAGCAUCCCUCCCCUUAUCUUUCUUUAAAAUCUCCAUUCCUCCUUCCUCCUGUUGUCACAGCCCCACUCUCAUGCCCAGAGGAAUGGGGACCUUCUCCAACCACACCAGCUCCCCCAGCAACUUCUGUGAUGCUGGUUAUGAUACCAUGCAAGGAGCCUUCAGCCUCUGCCUCUGUCUGGAAAACCCAGGCUCCUGAAUGAUGUGAUAUUAAUGUACUUCUGUGCAUGAAUAGAGGUUUUUUUGUUUGUUUGUUUGUUUUGCAGUGCUGGGGAUGGAACUCAGCGCUUCACUCAUGCUAGAUAAGUAUUCUACCACUGAACCACACUGCCAGCCCAACUUUCUGAACCAACGUUUCUUUUAUCAACUAAUUCAGCAAGUUGCCUGUGUACUCCAUUUAGUUCAUAAAGCACACUGAACCAUGCCAGUGUGCCAGAGCAAUGCAGGGAUGGGGGGUCUCCUGGGCUCCUAAGCUGCUGAGCACAUGCUUACUGAGAGUCAAACAUUUGUCCCCAACCUUUUUAUGAUGGUAGUGCUUGUUAUCAUCACAGAAUAUUAGAGAUACCAUUGAGAUGAUGUGUUGAAAUAAGUGUGUUGUUUCUAUGAAAACUAAAUAGUAUCUCUCAAAAGACCUCGUAUGGAGAAUGUGGGAAAAACAGUCUCCAAAUUAACUGAAGAUUGAUGUCAUAAGUUAUAAGCAUUCUAAUGGGUAUUGCACUCAAACUGCUCACCAAGGGUUCUUAGUUCUCUAACCACUUCUUUAACCACAAUGAGCACUUGCUAUGAUGAGCUUGAUGCCAGUUCAGUGCAAAUGUCCCAUUGGCUACCUCUUGGCAUAGGAGAAGUCCUGGCUCUGUGCUGAAAAAGUGGAAACGUUAAAAGCCAUCCAGCAAUGGGCAAUUUGAAUUUUGGAAAAAUGAUCACAGAUUUGUAUUCAGGGGAAGCAACAACAUCUGGAUCUUCAAAAGUUAUUUACCUUGAAAUGUGAAAGGCAUGUAUGUAUGUAUCAUCUGAAAGAACCUUACUUUCAUGGUUUUCUUGAUUAACCAACUAACUACUGCUUCUAAUCUUAUUAGGUAAAAAGUCUUUGAUUAUCCUCCAGAGAUGAGUGGUGUAGAUGAGUUCUGAGUUUGUUUGUAACUAGCCUGAAAUAUGUGUGGACACACAUAUGCACAUGCACACACAUCUCUCAAACAUUAUGUGCACCUCACACAUCACUUGCCUUGGAGUGACCUGUGUAAAGUCUCCUCUGGUUUGGACUAGGAGACCCUUGAGGGAAGCCCCUGUUUUCUUUGACACUGCUGUAUCACCCACAGAUCUAACAGUGCCUUGCUCACUUUGGAUGUGCAUAAUAUUUGUCAAAUGGAAUUCAAUGAGUCCCUUCAGGGAUGCCGGGCAUUACUGAGGUUUUAUUUUUAUUUAUUUUUAUUUUUUAACAAACACAUGUUCAGAAAAAAUAGCCUUUCCAGACUGUAGAAUUAGUCAGCCUUGAACCAACCUUGCACACUCUCCUGACCCUCUCAGACCCAGCCAUUCCUGGCUGUCUAGCCUGAUUUGCCCAAAUUUUAAAUGAUCAGAACCUUUCUCUCUGAGUCUCAGGCACCCCCUAGGUCUCAUCCACAGCCCAGGGCACUGUAAAACUAAUGAAUUCCUAUAGAUAGUUGUUUCCAGAUAUGAUCCAGCUUCAUAAGUUUAUGGGCUUUCAUGAUGUCCCAAUGGACAGCUGUUAUUUUGUCCUUCUGGCUUUGUCUCUGGCCUAGAUACCCACCUGGAUACCAUCUGCUUCAAGCAGGAUGUUUAAGUCAGCUUUUUUUUUUUUUUUUUUUGCUGCUGUGUCUAAAGGAUCUGACCAGAACAAUUUUAGAGGAGGAAACGUUUAUUUGAGGGCUCAUGGUUUCAGAGGUCUUAGUCCAUAGAAGGCCGACUUCAUUCCUUGGGGCUCAAGAUGAGGCAGAACAUCAUGGCAGAAGAGUAUGGCAGAGGGAAGCAGCUCACAUGGUGGUCAGGAAGCAGAGAGUGCGACUCCACUUGCCAGAUACAAAUAUAUACCCCAAAACCAGACCCCAAUUUUGCUUCAGGUACCAGUUAAUACUUAUCAGGGGAUUCAUUCGAUGAUUAGUUUAAGGCUCUCACAGAUCAAUCAUUUCCCCUCUGAACUCUGUCACGUUGUCUCACACAUGAGCUUUUGGGGGAUAUCUCACAUCUCACAUCUUCAUUCUCACAGAGCCCCAACUAUCUUAGCUUCAAUAAACUAAAAUGGCAGAACUGAAAAUUCUGUGAAACUCUUCUGACCAAUCUCAAUGCUUUAAGGAUGAAAGCAGAAAUCAAGAGGGGCAAGCAACAUAACCACAGUCCCAUGUGGAGCCGACCAGGAUACUGCUGCCACCAGCUGCUGCUGCUCCUCCUCCAAUGACUGUCCCCCACUGGGCCUCACCCCUGGUAACCACAAUGUAGGCUUUGUCUCUGCCCAGUGGAUGCUUUGAGAAAUCUCAGGAGAAGGGAGCCUCCUCAUUUCCUCACUUGCUGAGGGAGAGACAGUGGUGAUAGUCAGGGUCUGUCACAGGCAUGGGUAUGAGUGUAGGGGUGGGGAGACAUAGCCACAGCAGAGCCUGGAUCUUCACACUUGCUCACACUACUUUUCCUCUCUCACUGUAACCCCCCAUUCCUCCUUCACCUUGCUCUCUCCACCAUUUCCCCCUCUUCUUUCCUGGGCGCGCCUGGCUAGACCAGGCUUCUCUUACCACCUUUGUGUUUAUUCUUCUGCCCAUGCCAACCAAGGGCCCAGAAGCCAUUCUGAGUUCCACAGUGGAUACAACGUGCAACCACAGACAACUACCAUCCUUCCUCAAGCAGAAGCUAUAGGCUGUGGAGGAGUAACCCACAUUGGAUAUCCCUGCAGCCCUGUCUUGGAUUCAGGCAUAGGUGAACCCUCCCCCAACCCCACUCCCUACACACAAUCAGGCAUCAUUUCCUGUGAUUCCACCCCCUGCUGGCCAGAUGGCUUUCUCCAAGACUGAGGACUCUCUUGGUUCUACUUAAUAACCGCCUGGUAAUUAGCUCCACAAUUUUGCCACUAUGCUUAUAAUAGCCUCCAUUAAAGUUAUGGGGUUUUCAAGCCGUAAUGGCUUCCAGAGUAAUUAAUGCGCAACUGGGUUUAUUGCAAGUUUAUUUUUAGAGCUUUUCUCCCUCAGUCCCCUCCCUUUCCUCUCAUAGAUAUUUUGACCAAAAACUAAAUGAGUUCAGGUGCUGCUGUGGCUUCUUGUACCAUGUCCCUAUCUUUUCCCUUUUAUUUUUGCUUCAUUGUCCAGUCAGGUUCUGGGACCCACAACGCAAGCAGUUAGGUUGGAGGACAGUGGCUCUUGAACAGGUUUUUGUCCAGGCCAGAGAAAGCCUGUAGCCUGUAUGUGUCCCCAUGCCUGACCCAGUUCUGAAGGGUUCAGGCAUGCUCCUGAUGAUAGCAUAUAGCCACAUGGCCCUGAUUUAAAGCUAACUGCACCAUUUUCUAAUUAUUGACCAGGGGCAAAUUACUUUCUCUGACUUCCAUGGAUCCAACUAUAAAAUAGGGAUCAUGAUAAAACCUGCCUCACAGGGUGGUUGUGAGUACUUCAGGGAGCAGAUGUGUGUUAACUGUUGAGCCUAGUCCUUGUACAUCAUGAACACUAUGGGAAACCUUGUUGUCAUUAACAAGAGCCCAAGCAGACCAGUGGGAGGUUGAGCAGGUGUCAGAGGUGGAAGCUGUGGGAUAAAGUGACUUCCCAAAGGGUAAAGCCUAUUAAAAGCAGGAAAGUACUGACAUGGAAGCUAGCCCCAUAUCAACUGAGUGGGUGUGGUGCUCACUUUCUUUCCUCAGUUUUCUCCAUCCUGGAAUUAAAAGCUUCAGGAAAACCAGGAUGUUUAAGAAAGCUUCUAUGUGAAUCUCUAAGAACAUAGAAUAAAUCUUCUCAGAUGUUUUGGUAGCCUCAGUCAGGCCAUUUUCUGUUACUAUAAUAGAAUACCUGAGACUGGGUGAUACAAAAGGAAAGUAGUUUAUUUAGCACAUGAUUCUCUGGAGGUUGGGAAGUCUAAGAUUGUGGUGCUAGUGAGGGCCUCAUGCUGCUUCAACUCACUAUAAAGCAGAAGGCCGAGCAAGCACAAAUGGAAGAGAUAAAACAUGAUGGAUAGCCUUACUUUAUAACAACUUGUUCUUGCAAGGAAUGAACCCACUCUUGUGAGAAAGGCAAUAAUCCCUCCUAAUAAUAUCAUCACCUCUUAAUGGGCCCACCUCGCUAUAGUGCCACAACAACAAUCAAAUUUCAACACGUUUCAGAGAGGACAAACCAUAUUAAAGCAUAGCACUCCCCAUCCUUCUUUAGAUGUAAUAUAAGGUCACAUCAGCCAGAAUAUGGCAUUUAUGUGGAACCCAAUAGAGCCCUGCCAGUAGCCUGCACUCUGAUCCAAAGGGUAUGGCAUAAGGUCACUCUGCUUCUCACACAAGACCCAUAGCAUUCUUAUGUGCCACUAGGCUCUGUCACUUAUAGGGUCGGCUAAGGAGUGCAGUAGAGCACAACAGCUCAGAAUGAUGGUUCCUCCUGCAUUGGCCUCUGUUUCCUUUAACCCUAAUGUUCUGUCACUUAAGGUAAGGCUGAUGCUUGUAUCUGCCCUUGCAGACAGAUUCUGGAGGCAGUGGACCUUUGGUGGGAAGAGGUGAGCAGAGGCUGACCCAGGAAACCAGAAUGGAAAGCAAAGUUUGGUAUUCCAAAGGGCAUCAGAAGAGAAGAGAAGACCUGAGAAGAAUAAAAGCACACUACUUCCAAAACUGAGGACAACAAAAUCCUGGUCAUCAUGUCCAAGUACAGAACCUGGCACUCAUCCUGCAUGGAGUAGUGCCCCAAAAGAAUUUCCUGUGGACAAUAAUAGAGGAAUGCAUUUGCCACAUUUCUUCCCAGAACCUAACCCUAAAAGAUCUCUUCCUUGUUCUUGAAGGAAGCCUCCUAACUCUAUUGCAGUACCCAGGCUAUGGGGAAAAAAAAUCUGGGCCCACAAAUUUGGAUAUCACAAAAGCUAACGUUUCUUGUACUCUUACAUGGGAGACAACCCUAAGAGCUUUAUGAACAUCAACUCAUUUAAUUCUAAGAACAGCCUUGAGAAGUAGAUACACAAUUUUCUAGAAGAGAAAUACUAAAGUGCAGUGCAGGGUUGAUGUAACUGUGCAAGAUCACAGCUUGUGGAUGAAACACUUGGGACUUAAACUAAGGCAGGUAUCUCUGAAGCUGUGGCUGUCAUGCCUAUACCCUAUUGACUCUUAUUAAUGGACUCUCACCAGAGAUGAGGUCUUCAGAGAGAAGAUCAAGAAAGACUUCAUUGAGAAACUUGAUUCUAUAUGUCCCAGAGUGGGGCCUGACUCUUGCUGGGGGUCCACACCCGUGCUUCGGUCUCUGGCCAUCCUCUUCUGCUCUCUCUUACAGGUGUCCAUCUCUGAGGGUUCCUGACCUUGCCCCUGGACAACUGCCCCUUCUCAGACUCCUGUCAGGCUGGACUCUGCAAACCUGCUUCCGCAAUGGGUGGGUUGUGAAUGCUGGUAAUGAGGAGCUGUGGGCGCAGCCAGCCUUGGAGAUGCCGAAGAGACGGGACAUCCUUGCGAUCGUCCUCAUCGUGCUGCCCUGGACUCUUCUCAUCACUGUCUGGCACCAGAGCACUCUUGCACCUCUACUUGCUGUGCACAAGGAUGAGGGCAGCGACCCACGGCGGGAUGCGGUGCCAGGCGCAGACUCAAGGGAGUACUGCAUGUCCGACCGUGACAUCGUGGAGGUCGUGCGCACCGAAUACGUAUACACUAGGCCCCCGCCUUGGUCCGACACCCUACCCACCAUCCACGUCGUGACGCCCACCUACAGCCGCCCAGUUCAAAAGGCCGAGCUGACGCGCAUGGCCAACACGCUGCUGCAUGUUCCCAACCUGCACUGGCUAGUGGUGGAGGAUGCACCUCGUCGUACGCCACUGACUGCGCGCCUGCUGCGCGACACCGGUCUCAAUUACACUCACCUGCAUGUGGAGACACCCCGCAACUACAAGUUGCGAGGAGAUGCCCGUGACCCGCGCAUCCCACGGGGCACCAUGCAGCGCAACCUGGCCCUGCGCUGGCUGCGAGAGACUUUCCCGCGUAACUCCACCCAGCCUGGUGUGGUGUACUUUGCUGACGACGACAAUACCUACAGUCUGGAGCUCUUUGAGGAGAUGCGCAGCACCAGGAGGGUGUCCGUGUGGCCUGUGGCCUUUGUUGGUGGACUUCGUUAUGAGGCCCCACGGGUGAACGGGGCAGGGAAGGUGGUUGGCUGGAAGACAGUGUUCGAUCCCCAUCGACCAUUUGCCAUAGACAUGGCUGGAUUUGCUGUCAACCUGAGGCUCAUUCUACAGCGAAGCCAGGCUUACUUCAAGCUGCGUGGCGUGAAAGGAGGCUACCAGGAAAGUAGCCUCCUUCGAGAACUUGUUACCCUCAAUGAUUUGGAGCCCAAGGCAUCCAACUGUACCAAGAUCCUGGUCUGGCACACACGAACAGAGAAACCGGUGUUGGUGAAUGAGGGGAAGAAGGGCUUCACUGACCCCUCAGUGGAGAUCUGAGCCUCAGGAUGAAGGUGCCCGGCCCUGCAUGGGGGGAGCCUAAGCCUGUCAGUGGAUUCCUCCUGUACCUCAGGCUGUGGUGGGAAUGAACUCCCUUUCUCUUGCCCACUUUCCCCAAGCCUUCUUCUCCAACACUGGCAAAGGAGGUGGGCCUAGAGCCACACAGGUCACUGAAUGACCUGGACCAAGAACAACAUGACCCCCACUAUCCAUACACUACCUCCCCACCCUGCCCUGGGCUAUAGCCCCUUGCCUGGCCCAGGGUGGGGAGGGAAGAAACCUUCUUCCUGUGGCUACUGAAAACUGCAGGCCUCAUGGCUACAGUAAGCAAUGAUAGGUGAGGCAGACGGUUCCUCCAGCCUUGAGAGUAGAAGGGGCUAGGAGAGUCCCCAACUUCUUUCUGCUCCUAUUUUGAGGGAUGAGAAAUUAGAUUGGAGAGAUUUAGGGAAAAGGGGCAGGGAUCAGUUGGACACUAAGAGGAAAGGAGACUUGAGCACAAACUGCUCGUUCUAAUUUAAAAUAUAAAAGGGGAAAUAAAAUCUCACUUCUCCUGAAGCUGGGAGCAUGCAGAGCCGGCCCACUUCAUAUCCAGCUGUCCCCUCUCCACUCCAGAGAGAGAACAGAGUUGCAAACUGCUGCCUCUACCCAGGGAGUAGUGGCUCCCUGGUUCUCCCAGGGCCCUAGAGAGGUCCCUGGCUCUCUGACCAGGACAGCCCCUCUGGUGGUGAUCACAUGCUCCUGAAAGUUGGAAGCACAAUUUUCCUCCCAUGUGAAGGAAAAGUAAAGGGCCUGUGCCUACUGCAGAGGUGUUUAUUUUUUAACUGCUAACAGCCCCUUCCCUUACUCCAUUAAAAUUUAUAGGACAGGUCUGAGGGCCAUGCAGAAACCACUCCUGGAUGUGUAUGUGGGGUUCAGUCCAGACACCUAACAUUCACAGUAUAGCAUUGGCUGCCUAUUCUGAAAUGAAUAUAACUUCCCACUGUAUUCAUGAAACCAUCUGAUUAAAUCAGACCCCUGAAUCACCGUGCAGGAUGUUUUCCCCAACCUCUUAUACUUUGGAUAUUGCUUUGGAAACUGACCCCUUGGCAUCAAGUGUGAUGGCAUGGGACAGAGGAAGGAGGUGGGCAUAGGGCAUCUAUAGAUGAGUGAAUUUAUGUCUGGGCAUUCUACUGCCUCAUGAAAACUAGCCCUGAAUACCAAGGUCAAAUUGGCUGGUAUGAGAACACCUUCUUAGCCAAAAACCUAGGGCUUAUUUUCAGGAAAUUAAUAAUGAACAACAAAAUGAGGAUUUUUAUUUUAUUUUAUUUUAUUUUUGGCAGAUUGCUAGUUCAGUUGUUUUCACCUAAUAUCCUCUCUUAGCUGCAUGUAUAUUUAUUUAUAAUUAUAACCCUGGUGGACUGCAGCCUUCAUCUUUGUUGAGAAUGAGUUUGUUAUAAGUAAGAAUUGGGUCCACAAUGACGACUUGUUUUUCAAACCCAGUCUGUUCCCUGCUCCACUGCUGGUGAGCCCCACCAUAAAGAACCGAAGCCAGGGGUUAGGAGUUUCCAGGGCAGUGGCUGGGGUGAGGGGGAGCCCAGGCAGCUGCACCAUCUGAUCUCUUUUAAUUUAACUGUAUUUAAUUUGUUUUCAAAAUUAAAAGUCAAAUAUGGUUUUUAACAGUCCUAAUUCUUUUCAGCCCUGCCUUAUUUUUAUUCUUAUUUAUUAACACAACUAUCCAACAAUUAUUUGUCAGGUGCCUACCAUGAGCCAGCAUUAUUCUAGAAGCCAGAAAAUGGCAGUAGUGGGGGGG